GAGGUAAACCGAUAGGAAGAAGAUCGUCUCUGUUCAUAUUCCUACAUUGCUUUUGUAUUCUUUAUAACCUCCCCGGUUUUUCUCUGUUGAUCAAUCUUUUCGGAAGAACUAGCUAGCGUUCAUUGUUAGUUCUCUUUUUGCUGCCUUGAUCACCGCUCCUUCACACACUACCACCACCUCCUACUUCACACUCCGCCUGUAUAUACCACAUAGCCAUGGCUCCCUCCGCCAACGAAGAGACAGACGCUGAGAAGAAUAUCGAGAUAUGGAAGGUCAAAAAGCUCAUUAAGAGCUUGGAAGCCGCCAGAGGAAACGGUACCUCUAUGAUUUCUCUCAUCAUUCCUCCCCGGUCUCAGAUUCCGCAGAUCGCAAAGAUGCUGGCUGACGAAUACGGUACUGCUUCUAAUAUCAAAUCGCGAGUAAACCGUCUUUCCGUCCUCAGUGCAAUCACAUCCACCCAGCAGCGACUCAAGCUCUACAACCGAGUUCCACCAAAUGGACUCGUCAUCUACUGUGGUGAAAUCAUCACAGACGAGGGCAAAGAGCGCAAGCUUAACAUUGACUUUGAGCCGUUCAAGCCCAUCAACACAUCACUCUACCUUUGCGACAACAAAUUCCAUACCGAAGCUCUUUCCGAGUUGCUCGAGUCCAACUCCAAGUUUGGUUUCAUUAUCAUGGAUGGUAACGGAACUCUGUUCGGUACUCUCUCGGGAAACACCCGCGAAGUCCUUCACAAGUUCACUGUCGAUCUUCCCAAGAAGCACGGACGUGGUGGUCAGUCUGCUUUGCGUUUCUCGCGUCUGCGUGACGAAAAGCGACACAACUACGUCCGCAAGGUGGCCGAGGAAGCUGUCCGUAAUUUCAUCACAAACGACAAGGUCAACGUAACCGGUCUCAUUCUCGCUGGUUCGGCUGACUUCAAGACCGAACUCUCGCAGUCUGACAUGUUUGAUGGCCGCUUGCAAGCCAAGAUCAUCAAGAUUGUUGACGUUUCCUAUGGUGGCGAGAACGGCUUCAACCAAGCCAUCGAGCUGUCCGCAGAGGCCCUCUCCAACGUGAAGUUCAUCCAAGAGAAGAAGCUCAUCCUCCAGUACUUUGACGAGAUCGCCCAGGAUACCGGAAAGUACUGCUACGGUGUCGAGGAUACCUUGAAGGCCCUUGACCUCGGUGCCUGCGAGACCGUCAUCGUUUACGAGAACCUUGACGUCAUCCGCUACACUUUGAAGAGCUCUACUGGUGAGCCCGUCGUCAUCCACGUUUCCAAGGCCCAGGAGGCUACUUCUAAGGACAAGUUCUUGGACAAGGCCACCGGUCUCGAGAUGGAAGUCAUCGAGGAGCAGCCAAUGAUUGAGUGGCUUGCCGAGCAUUACAAGGAGUUUGGUGCAGCGCUCGAGUUCGUCACCGACAAGUCCUCUGAGGGUGCUCAGUUCGUCAAGGGCUUUGGUGGAAUCGGUGCCCUGCUGCGAUACAAGGUCAACUUUGAGCAGCUGGUUUCUGACUCUGAGGACGAGUACUACGAUGAUGAUGAUGACAUUUAAAUCAGAAUCAUGUCGCUCUGUUUGUUCCUUUUCUUUGUCUUUUUCUAUUUGCUAGUCUCCUAUUAUUUUGUGAUUUUUCAUGGCGCCUUUCUUCUUCUUUAACUCUCUCGAUCGGAUGGGGUCGGUUUGAUUUGCCUUGCCUUAGAUAAAAGAAAAAAGGGUGUCUUUUGUUUUGUAUCUGUUAUUUUUUUAUUCGUUCUUUUCAAUUCUCCUCUACUUGUUUGCCUUGCCGCAGCUUAAAAUUUGGGUUUCCUUGUGCUUUACCGGUCGUCCUCCUUUAUAUGUGCCUCAUUUUUUUUGUUAUCACUCUUCUACACUAUUUCUUGUGUGUAUGUAUCCGCGGCUCUUCUGUUAACGUAUAGUUUCUUGUUGUUUUUUAUAUA